CUCGCUCUUCUGCUUCUGGUUCUGCAUUUAGUUAAGGAUAUGACGAUGAUGAUGAAGUUGAAGGCCAUGAAACUGUUCAGAAAAGAAGUGUGUACAUUGAGAAAACAGGUAAGUGGUAGAGUAGUGAAAUGGGUUAGGUGUUGUUUCUGUGAUUAUUAUUAUGAAGAAGAAAACAUACCAAAGGAUGUUCCAAGAGGUCACGUAGUUGUAUAUGUAGGUGAGGAUUUCAAGAGAUAUGUGAUUAGAGUUUCUGUGUUGAACCAUCCACAGUUCAAGGCAUUGCUUGAUGAUGCAGAAGAUGUUUUUGGAUUCAGCAAUGCCUCUAAACUUCACAUUCCUUGCAAUGAGAGGAUUUUCCUAAGCAUUCUUUAUAAUGCUGCUCUUGUUCAACAUUAUUGAAAAUCUCUUUCCUUGAUUAGUCGUAGUGGCUUGUACCAUGCCAUAUAAUUGUACUGAGAGGAAAAUCUUCAAUAUUGAGCUUCCAUGGAUUGGAAUGAGAGUGAUUUCUAGA